AUGUUUCCGUGCAACGAGUGCUCAAAGCUUCUCAUCCAAGCCGGCAUUCGGGAGAUUGUCUUCUAUGAGGACAAGGCAGCGCCGCCUGUGAAGUACAGCAGCCCGAACGAGGCUCCAGGCAGUGACAUCAGGCAGGAGGACGCAUAUGCUGCAUCAAAGCGAUUGCUGCAUCUGGCGGGCGUGAAGCUCAGGCAGCAUCAGCUUGACAGGCCCCUGGUGUUCUGUGUCGGCUUGAGCAGUAUCCCAAAAGCGCCGCUGGCAUAUCAGGAGUACUGUCUGAGCUAA